AGUGAUUGUGGUUAAGGUGUCAAUGAACGACGACAAAUCUCGAACAAAGGCCAUGCAAAUAUCGGUCGGAAUAUCAGGUGUUGAAUCGGCGGCUAUAACGGGGCAAGAAAGGGACAGGGUGGAGGUUGUCGGAGAUGACGUGGACGCGGUGGAGCUGACACGGCAGUUGAGGAAGAAUGUUGCCUACGCAGAGCUUGUGAGCGUGGGCGAAGCCAAGAAGGAGGCGCCCGCCACCGCCGCCGCGGCCGCAGUGGUUGCGCCCGCCCCACAGCCGGGGGUGGUCUGGACGUCGUACGCGGCGCCGUACGACGGAUUCCCGCAAUACCCAAUUUAUGAGAUGAGGAGCCCAAGCUAUGAGCCGUCGUGUACCAUCAUGUGAUAUAUAUAAAUAUAUAUAGGUUAUUAUUGAUUUUCAAAUUUCAAUACUUGAGGCAUAGUUUCUUGGUUUUGGUUUUCCGAUCUCUUUUACUGUAAUUAAGGUGAUCUUUUUUUUUUUUUUUUUUAAGAUCAUUUGGUUUUGUACUUUAAGUCCGAUGAGACUUGAAAGUAGUAAAGUAAUAGAAAAUCGAGGUAUUUGGCAUUUGAUAAUUGGGGAAUUUUUCACAACUAUUCACUCAUCAUUAUUAAAAUCCUUUUGUAUAAUAUCCAUUUUGU